AUGACAACGACACGACACAUCUUGAUGCUGCAGGAUACCGCGCUGACGCAAAAAACCGCCUCAAAAAAAGGCGUCCGCGGGUCGCUCAGUACAAUUGCACCGCCUCUUGCAGACCUUUGGAGGUCUGCCGCCAACCUCGACCCCAGACCUCUUCUGGUGUCGAUGGUUCUCAAGCACUGCUCAGUGACGUACUUCGUGGAAAGGCUAGAUGCGAAACGGAAAGCGCAGAACGAGUACCAACAGCUGCCGCACCAGCGCGGAAAGAGGCUUGCUGGUGAUGCAAAUUGA